UAUAAUAUUCAUUAUUUAUAUAAUUUAGGUGAUCCGUGCUUGAGUUUUGAAGCUUUGAGAGAUGGACUUGGGGAGAACAGAGAAAAGUUUCCUUUAACAUCUUACCUUUUGGGGGGCACUCAGUCAGAGGCAGGACACUUCAACUACAUUAUGUUAAUGAAAAUGUCUAAUAUGCACAAGACACAGAAAGAAGAGAAAGAUGAUGAGGAAGAAAGUGAAGAAGAAGAGGAGGAUGAUGAUGAUGAUGAUAAUGUUGAAACUGGUAGUUCCAAGACACCCAAACUUCAUCAAACUUUAAUAAAGCACAACGGAUGUGUUAAUAGAAUAAAGGUAUUCUCUUUUUAAAAAAAAAAUUUAACUUUUAAUUCAGAACUUAAGAGGUUAGUUUAUUAAACCAGAAUCAUAAAAGGUUAGGAAAUAAAACAAUUAAAAAGAUGUGUGUAGCAAACUAAGAAGCUGUUGCAUUUUUAUUUUUCUGAUCAAACCAUAACAUAUUUUAGUUUAAAGCUAAGUUGUUUUUUUUAUAAAACAUUCCUAACUCACAGCUACAGAUCUACACUGAGCAGUGAGAAAUGGUUAAUGGACAAAAAAAAAUGGAGCAACUGUUUUGUAUAGCUUUAUCAAUUCUGUGUGGCCAAUAAUUUGCUUUACCCUUUAUUCAAACCACAAUUAAAGGCCUUUUCAUAUUUAAUAUCAAGUUACUUAUUUAUAUAUUAUUAUUAUGGCAUCAUUCCGUCUACGUGAGACGAUGGAGUAGCUAUAUAGUUCUACACUUUGACGAGUGGCUCACUAGGCCAAUCCUUGAAUGGCAAUCACGGCGCAUCUCUCGCAGGAGAAUGUUGAAACCCUGUAAAUUCUUGAUUUUCUAAUUGUUCUUUUUGAUUCAAGGGCCUCUUUUCGAGUAUCUUCUGCCUUUUUCACUCCCUCCAAAAACUGCUGUACGCCAGUUGGAGCGAUGUUCGGAAAUGAACUCUCAUUCGUUUGUUUCAAUAUUGGCUUCCCUCAUGCUUCGUUUGCAAACGUCAAUAAAUCUCAGGCGCAGUCGUCCAAUAUGUCUUGUACCCUCUGCCAACUCUCCAUACAGCAGAAUCUUUAUAUUUAUAUAUGACAUUCAUUAUUAAAUGUUACUGGUGCUAACUUGUCUUUUUUUUUCUUCUGUUGUUAUCUGUUAUUAAAACCUUGAAGAAAACUACUGUGGUCUAUUUAUAAUAAAUUCGUAUUUUCACCAUAAUAAUAGUUAACUGAAGUUUUGUUUUUCUUCUCAAAAUGAUUAAAUGAUUUUUUUAACACUAAAAAAUCCUUUUUGUUUCAGUCAACAAAGAUAAACGAUCACAUCCUAUCUGCCUCGUGGUCUGAGCAAGGUGUUGUCUAUAUCUAUGAUGUUACUUCUCAUUUGAGCAUUCUGGAUACUCCUGACAGAAUACCUGAAUUUGAAACAACCAAUAUGCAGACAGCCUCACUAUUUGCAUUUGAUGGUCACAGAAUUGAGGGCUAUGCUCUGGCAUGGUCAAAAUAUGAAUUAGGUAACUCUUUUUUAAGAUGUCAUCAACAAUACAGCAACACCGCCACAUAGAAACAAGGCAAUUUAAUAUGCUUUAAGUAAAUAUUUCAAAUUCUGCAAUGCUAGAAUAAUGUCCGACUGUUCCGUUAUCCAAAGUGCUGAAGAUGUAUUGGUUAGAAUGAUUGUACUAAUAGGAACUUAAAACACUUUUUUCACUUACCCCACUAUCUAAACUAUAUGUUUUGCUUCUAAAGACCUUUCACUUGUUGAAUAUGAUGAUAAUAAUAAAUAUUCACUUAAAACUGGCUUUUAUUCAUAAUAAACACUUAAGUGAUAAUGAACAUCAUAAUAAUAAUAAACAUUUCUGGCAUGUUAUUUUCUUAUUUUUGGUUAAUCAGGAAGGCUUUUGUCUGGUGACUGUAACAAAAAUAUCUACAUGUGGCAACCAACUGAGAGUUCUUGGAAAGUUGAUUCACGCCCAUUUGAAGGUCACACAGCAUCAGUGGAAGACAUUAAAUGGUCCCCCAAAGAGAGUAAUGUAGGAGUCACAUACUUCUCUUGAUACAUUUAUAUUUCACCUCGCCAAAAGUGGUCCAUUAUUAACUUGUCUUUUUAAGAGGUUACCUAAAUUCGCCCACCUUAGUUCAAAAUAGCUUACCUAGCUUUGAAUCUCUAUUAGAAACAAAGCUAACACUCAGUAAGUGUCUGUUUUCAGAACAGCAUGCUUUAAAUACUUCCCCAUUUAGAGGUGUUAUAAUAAAGGGGAUGGACUGCAAUAAAGAUUUGAAGUAAAUUAAUGAGACACAAACAAUUUGUGUAAAUAAAACUAUCUAUGUUGUUAAGCUUUAAUGGUGAUUAGAAAAAAAAUUAAAACAUUUCGGGUUAUGCCUUCAUGGGUACGACAAAAAACAUGUAUAUAAAUAUAAUUAUAUAUUAAAUUUACAAAAUAAAAAUAUAUCCCAUGUCUACCUAAAAGUUUGCCCAUUCCUAUUCUUUUCCUUCAAGUCCCUAACAAUAACAAAGAUUAGAAGAACAGUGUAAUUGUAAUGCAAGUGCAAUAAACAUGUAUUAUUUUGCUCUUUAAUCUGUCCAUAAUCUAUCUGCAUUGUAAUCUGUAUUACAGCCAAGUAGAGUAAGAGAGUUGCAAUGCGCCCAACAUAUUUCAUGUUUGUUUUAUUAUUAUUAUUAGUUUAGCAGUAUCCACUUCAGUAAUGGCUAAUAAUAUUGGCUGAAAGCUUUUGAUAUAAAGUUACAUAAAUUAAUGUAAAUGGUUUUUGGUGACAUAAUUUGGACUUAAAAUGGUAAUUAAAGUAGUUAUUGACAGGAAAAAUUAAAAUCUUCAUGUUAGCAUGUCAUGUCAUCAGUGUCAACUUUUUGUUGACAGGUAUUUAUGACCUGCUCAGUAGAUAAAACAUUAAGAGUCUGGGAUGCACGUGCUGAUCCUAGUAAGGCUUGCAAGCUGGUAGCGACUGAUGCUCACCUCAGAGAUGUAAAUGUCAUUGACUGGUCUGAAUUUGAACCUUUAGUGAUAUCUGGUGGAGAUGAUGGACUUAUUAAAAUAUGGGACUUACGGAUGUUUACGGUAACAAGACUUUUAUAAUAAUAAUAAUUCAUUCUUUUUUGUAUUAGUAAAAGUAAAAGAAAUAUUUAAAUAUUUUGAAAUCUUCUCUAUUCUAAAUAUAAUUUUAGGAGAUAUUUCAUAUUAUUUUAAUUCAGUAGUACAUAUUUCAUACAGUAUACCGGAAUUUAGUUAAUUUAUUAUUAAUUCCAAAGUUUUUCAGAUACGUUGACCUGAUACAAUACUUUUUGUUAGAAAAAUAAUGUGUUUUCAUAAUUUCUAGAGGGGCAAGGAAGUGGCAGUUUUUGAGCACCAUAAAGGACCAAUAUCAUCUGUUGAGUGGAACCCGAUGGACAGCUCUGUGUUUGUUGUGUCUGGUGCAGAUGACCAGGUGACCAUAUGGGAUGUUGCUGUUGAGAGGGAUGAGACAGCUGAAGAGGAGGAAGAGCCAGAUGUACCACCUCAACUCUUGUUUAUGCAUUUAGGCCAGAAGGACAUUAAAGAAGUACACUGGCAUCCACAAAUCCCAGGAUUAGUCUUUUCCACAGCACAAAGUGGCUUUAAUGUUUUCAGAACUAUCAGUGUAUGAGAUGAAGAAGUGUUUGUGACUUUUUGCAAUAUAUGUAUAAAAAUAAUACUAAUAAACAUAUACAUUUUAUGUAGCUGAGUC